AUGCGCCAGCGGCUCGACGAGUACGAGCGCGGCGGCAUGGCCGCCACCCUCGAGAUGCAGCGCGCCGCCCGCUCCGUCGCCUUGGAGAACCGGUGCCUGCGCGCCAUGCUCGCCCGCCGCGGCGUCUCCUCCGCCGAGAUCGACGCCUUCCUGAGGGCCGGCGCUCCGCCGCCGCCGCCGCCGUCCCCGCCGCCGGACAGGGCCUACGUCCCCUCGCCGCCGAGGCCUGCGUAUCCGUACCCCAGGGCGGCGGCCCAGCACCCCGCGCCCGUGGCGGCACCCGCCACGAGGGCCAGGCAGCAGCAGCAGCCUCCUCCUCGCGACAGGCCCGUCGGCGCCAGGGAGGCGCCGCCGUCCUCCCGGGCCCCGAGGCUGAGGCCCAGACCCCAAGACCCUCGCCCCUCCCGCGCCUCCCCGUCCGAGCUCGAGGAGACGCCGUGCGACGCCGCGGCCGAGAUCAUCUCUGGCAUCUACGGCCGCGGCCAGGCGCACGCCGCCGAGGCGCUCGUCUCUCUGGGCUGCACCCAGGCGCCCGACUGUCGGGUCAAGAUCUCGAGCCUCUAUCAGCUGCUCGACAACACGGGAUGA